AUGUCCGCCACAAUGAGAUCCGCUCGUCUGGUGCGCAAUGCCUCCGCUUUGCGCCCGGCAUUGACCGCUCGUAGCCGUGCUACUGCCCUUGGCCCAGCGUCUCUGGCCGCGGCCAGCAGCCUUCUCUUCAAUGGUCGCGGAAUUCCAUCGCAAGUCACUGCUCUCGCUAUCUUGAUCCCCCAUCAGCGGGCAUACUCUACCGAACAGACCUCCACAUCCAACUCCUCUCAGUCAUACCCCCCUCCCGGCUUCAAUGCCGAAAAUGCCAAGAUCCCGCUCCCCCAGGAGCAAGCGCAAUCCCAAUCAGCUGCUCAAACGAAGCAAGACGUGAAGGCGCCUGCGCAAGAGGGCACUGGCAAAGCUACUACGGCCCCCGAAGAGAAGAAGAUCGAGGUCAAGAAGGAUGUCAAGAAGUUGACCAUCGGCCAAAAGAUUAAGAAGGAGGCCCAGCACUACUGGGAUGGCACAAAGCUGCUUGCUACAGAGGUCAAGAUCAGUUCGCGUCUAGCACUGAAGAUGGCAGGUGGAUAUGAGCUAAGCCGCAGAGAGCACCGCCAGCUCCAACGCACCACCAAGGAUCUGGGUCGACUUGUCCCCUUCUCGAUGUUCCUCAUCGUUCCCUUUGCCGAACUCCUGCUCCCAGUCGCCCUGAAGAUCUUCCCCAACCUGUUGCCCAGCACCUAUGAGGGCCAGAGCGCUCGCGAGAAGAAGGCUCUGAACCUGAGCUCGACCCGCAAGGAAGUCUCCAGCUUCCUGCGCAACACCCUGCGUGAAACCGGCCUGCCCUUGACCGCUGCGACCGUGAAGAACGACGAGUUCACCGACUUCUUCCGCAAGAUCCGCACCACCGGCGAGUCUCCCUCGACCGAGGACGUUAUCAAGGUCUGCAAGAUCUUCAAGGAUGAUCUGACCCUGGACAACCUGUCCCGUCCGCAGCUGGUCGCCAUCUGCCGUUACAUGAACUUGAACUCGUUCGGCACCGACGCCAUGCUCCGCUACAAUAUCCGUCACCGCAUGCGCCAGAUCAAGCGUGACGACCGCGCCAUAUUCUACGAAGGUGUGCAGUCACUCUCUGUCCCGGAGCUGCAGAUGGCUAGUGCCUCCCGCGGUAUCCGCACACACGGUGUUUCUCCCGCUCGUCUGCGUGAGGAUCUCACCAUGUGGCUAGACCUCCGUCUCAAGCAGGGUGUCCCGUCUACCCUGCUCGUUUUGAGCAACGCCUACAUGUACACCCAGGGCGGCAAGGAGUCCGAGAUGGCUUCGCAGGUUGACGCCCUGAAGUCUGUUCUCUCCAGCAUCCCCGAGGAACUCUUCCACGAGAUUGAGCUCGAGGUUCACAACGCCGAGGGCGCUGCCACCAACAAGCAGCGUCUGGAGGUUAUCAAGGAGCAGGAAGAGCUGAUCGAGGAGGAGAACGAGCAAAACAGCGAGAACGAGGGCAAGGGUGUCUCCGCCCCCAAGGAUAUCGAGGAUAUCGAUGAGAAGGAGGAGGCCAGAAUCGAGGCUGCUGCCGAUAGCGCUGCCAAGCAAUCGGCCGAGGCCAACGAGGCCAUGAACGAGGGCGUCAAGGCUGAGGAAACCCCCAAGGCCGAGAAGAAGACGGGCCAGAGCUCGUAA